UCGCCUCCGGCCUUCAAUCCGUUCACGCUGGGUGUUGCGGAGGCAGCUUCAGCAUUGAUUACGCCGAUAGGUUUCCGUCAGGCGUCUGUGCUGCCUUCUCGCCACGCUGUGUUGGAGCCGGAGUCGCGGUGCGAGGGACCUUCUCCCCUUGCUAUCACCGUGAAUCCACGGCCUUCUAACAAUGAACCACAAAGUACCCCAUUCUUCUCCAUUCCAGCACGUCCCUUCCCUGCGUGUCGCAUCGCACAACUAACGCAAUCCUCUCUACAGGGUCUGUUCCACCUUCUACUGCGCACCCUCGCGUUCCUUACCCCGCUGCAUACCCGCUUCGCACGUAUAUUGGGCGUGGGCGGGGGUUGCGUUGGAGGUCUGAGGUUCUGCGUUGACCGGCCGCUUCUACCGCUUCGGCACGCAGCAGGAGGCUGUGAUAAGCAAGGGUGCUUCGCCGGGUGUCUCUCGACCACCUCAUUCCAACGUCAUGUGCGUGGGGAACAAGCC